GCUUAGUAUUCAAUAUACACAGUAGAAUCUAUGUGGUGCGCUGUUUUUCGAAACUUGAACUUUAUUUGAUAAACCAAUUUCAACGUUUUUGCUCCUGAUCCAACUAGUUGUAGCUAAAAAUGAGUGCUGAGCUUCGAUUCGAAUUAACGGAGUCUACAAAGACAGCCGAAGAAUUCAUCCAGCUGUACUAUCAAAGUGUGGAUCACAAGCGACAUCAAAUCUCCCGUUUGUAUAUGGACAAUGCGAUCGCUGCGUGGAAUGGAAAUGGCAUCAAUGGCAAGGAAAAUAUUCAGGAAUUCUUUCAAGGUCUGCCAGCAACUGAACACACGGCUUCGGUUUGUGACGUUCAACCAAUCAUUGAUGAGGCCACAUCCAAUCAAAAGACGUUGUUGAUUCUGGUGUCUGGAUCGCUUCGAGUUUUGAACAAUCCACUCAAGCAAUUUCAACAAACAUUUGUGAUCUCGGCUCAAGACGACAAAUGGAAAAUUGUACGCGAUUGUUUCCGCAUCCAAGAUUCAUUGUGUCCACAAUUCAAGAGAACCGCACAUUUCAAAUGAAUGUUCACGAUAUUUUUGGCAACAAAUAAACGAAAAAAUUGAU